CUUACCUGUUGCAGUAACAUUCCUCAAAGCCAGCACGGAAAGAGGAACUAAAUACAUCACAGAUCUCCCAUACAAUGUCAUAACCUGGACCUGAAGGAAACCAGUUACUGCCAAAGAAAAGAUGUCUGCUAGUAGGACACCUUCCUUUCAUGCUGGACAGGUUACACGCAGUAGGUCAGAAGGAGAUUUGAUUGACUUUGGUGAUGGAAAACCUUCAGCAAGAACCAAUUUGCCAGAUGACAAAAAUAAACUGGAUGUGGAUAUGGACUGGUCUGAUAUAUUCAAACAGCAUACCCACACUUUUUCAAAAACGAAUCCUUUCUGGAAUGAACUUUCAGAUUCCAACCCAUUUGUAUCUGACUUAGCUGAGUCAAGUAGCAGUGAGAAGAAAAAUAAACACAUUUCUAUCUUAAAGGAAGACCCCUAUUUGUUCUCUCGAGAUUCAAGCAAUCGGGAUUCUUUUGCUUCAUCAGGUGACGAGUUAAAUAUAGAUUUUCUUCUACAAAGAACUUCAGCAAGGAGAUCGGGGAAAUCUAAGAGUAUUUCAGACUUUUUGGACAUUGUUGAUGCCAAAAAAUUUGAUCCUCCUAAAACAGAACCCUCUGGCCAGAUUUUAGCUUUGGAUAAGCAGUGGCUUCAGAAUAAUCGUGAUGCCUACAAGAUGGCUUGGUUAAGUCACCGACAGCUGGCCCGGUCAUGUGUUAAUUUAGAUGUGAUGAGUCAUAGUCUAGGAUGGGCACAAACACAAGCUACAGAUACUCAUAUAGUCUGUAAGAUGAAUCAUGAAGGGGGUUCAGUGCAACUGCCAAACUCUGAUAUCACUAUUCACAUCCCAAAGGGUCAUGUAUUAUCUGGGGACUUCCAAGAGAUUGGUUUAAGGGCUAUUCUUAGUCCUCCUGCAUCACUGAAUCAUGAACUUUCAAACACUGUGAGUCCACUGUUAGAACUUACAUUAAGUAACCUCAACACAAUGGAAGCCAUUUUACUUGAAAUGAAAAUUGCAGCCAAAGUGAAGAAUGAUCCUUUCAGUCAAGUGAUGACUGAAAUUGUGUGUUUUUACAGUCCCAAUAAAGAAGGACCUUUUGAAAAAAUAGACAACUGCUACAUUUAUGAAGACACAAUACAAGUGAAGCUGAGAAAUCUAAAUCAUGUGAUGUACAUGGUGAUUGCAGUACAAACAAACAAAAUUCAGUCUUCGGCGGGAACCAUUUGGAAUUAUAUCCACAGAACUGUCUCGGUUGGACUUUAUGGGCCCAAACAUAUUCAUCCUUCUUUCACUGCUGUUUUUACAGUUUUUGGUCAUAACUAUAUUCCAGAAAAACUCACCAUUUUUGACAUUCAAAAGGGUGGGAAGACCAUGCCUCCAGUUGUGUUUCAGCUGUGGGGAAAAAAUACAUUUUUACUUGAUAAGCCACAAGAUCUGAAUAUUUCUUUGACAUCCUGUGAUCCUGAUUUUGAAGUGAAGGUGCAAAAUCAAAGCAAAGGAAUUAAAGAAGAACAGUUGAAAGCAGGUACAAUGGUCCACAGACAAUUUCUGUUUUCUGUCCUGGAAAUGAAGGAAAUAUAUGCAUUUGUUUUCCUUGUUCAGAUUAAAAUUCCAGACAAUACACUAGUGACUGAGUUCCAUGUUAGCACUCCUGAUCCAGCUCCAAAGUUACCUGGGGUGACCAGUAAGCCAAAGCGGAUACAGAAACGUAAAGAGAUCAAAUCUGCUCCUUUCCUAUUCAUGUCAACAGUUAAAUAUCCAAAGUUUCAAGAUAAGACUUUGAAUAUUACCAGCUAUGGAGUGACCUUGAAAACGGUUUUACGUCAAAAUAAGGUUGACUACUUACUAGAGUAUUUUAAAGGGGACACAAUUGCACUUCUUGGUGAAGACAGAGUAAAAGCCAUGGGGCAGACUAAAAUAAAAGAAUGGUAUGUGGGUGUUCUUAGAAAGAAGAUUGGUCUUGUGCAUUGCAAAAACAUCAAGGUAAUUCUGAAGGAACAAGCUAUUGACAUUACUGAAAGUGUUCUGGCAACCAGGAAUCUUCUUGAGCAAAUUGCACUGCCUUUUAAGAAACUGACCUACAUCUAUUCAUUAGUCCUAUCUACAGUAUCAGAGAGAGUUUAUAACUGGAGAGCCUUGGCUGAUGUACUAGGAUAUUCACAUGUGUCACUGGAUGAUUUCAAUGAGGUACAAGCAGACAAAGAGUCAGAAAGAGUCGCUUACGUGGUGAAGAAAUUGAAGGAAGACUGCCAUUCAAACAGAAGCAAAAGACAAUUCCUUUAUGAGCUCGUUAUUGCCCUUCUGAAGUUAGAUUGCCAAGGAUUAGUAGCACGUAUAACCCAGGACACCGUCAUUUUGACCGCAGCUGUCAAGCUUGGCAGAUACUGGAGAGAGCUGGCAGAAAGGUUAGCACGACUCACAAAGCAACAAAUAGAAGCUUAUGAAGUCCCACACCAGGGCAGAAAUGGAGAAGUUGCCCCAGAGAUGAUGUGGAAACCUGCAUAUGAUUUUCUAUACACAUGGGGUGCCCACUAUGGUGAGAGCUACAGAGAUGUAUUACAAGACCUGCAACUGGCUUUGGACAAAAUGAAAAACCCUGUGACUAAAGAUUGGCGAGCGUUAACUGGAGCUUUGAUCCUAGUAAACUGCAUGGAAGUCCUCAGGGGAAGUGCUUUCUCAAAGAUAGAAGAGGAACCCUGAAUCCUCUCAAGGAAGAUCUUUUGGAGAAUUAACCUGCUGGGUUUUAUACUCUUUAAUUAGUUUUUUUAAAUCUCUGAUUUUACGAAAGAAAAUGGAACGAGUCCUUUUAGUUUAACUUUUUUCUGUACAGAAACCUCAACUGCCCAGGGCCAGAGGGAAAGGUCUGAAGGGCCCUUACUGAAAGUUGUAAAAUAUUAUGAGUACCACAAUGACAUUGGGAUUACUAAGUGAAAUGGGUCACUGAAAUGAUUUUAAUUAAAUGAACCAAUUCACAACAGAAAAAAGCGAGAAGACUACAAAUAUAGAUUAUGAGAAACAUUGUGAUUUAUAUAGCUGUGUUUUAGUUUGAAAUCAGUUCCCUACAGGCACAUACAUAUUCUCGGAGGGCCUUCAGGCACUUGACAUUUACAAAAAUGAUUUUUAUGUUGAAAUCCUGAAAGUUAUAAUUUUUAGACAGACUAUUGAACCUGUAUGGAGCCCCAGUGGAGUCAAUAGUGUCACACCAGUGGAGUCCUAUCACACAUAGAGUCAGUUGGAGGAUUGGGAGACUAAUUUUCAGUUUGUAAAUUAUUUGAGUGCCCAGAAGAAGACACCUCAAGCUUGAUUUUCAGAUGUGCUUAGUCUUUACCACUAGGAGCUGGUUAGGAAACAGAAUAUCAGUUCUUCCAAAAUUUUCAGAAUUCAGAUUUUUUUCCAUUCUAGUUUUGAAUGAAAAUCAAAAACAGAAGAAAUUCCAUGCAACUAAAAUCUCACAGUAGUUCAUUAUAGAAACACCAAAACACAGUACAACCACCAUUUAACGCUGUUUCGCUUAUCGCUAUUUCGCUAUAAUGCUCUUUUAUAUUGAUACCCAAGGUUCACUUAGCACUCAGUGAGUUUUGUUAUAACACUCAUGGUCGCCAUCUUGGUUUAUCAAACCUUUCAGUUUUGCUUAAUGUUGUUUCGCUUAAUGCUUGUUUUUUUGGGAACCAAUUAAGAGUGCUAAGUGAGGGUUGCCCAUACUUACAAAAUGAAAUUAGCUUCUUUUCAUCUCAGCUCACUACUUGAUGGGCCACCUCAGAAAUGAAGACCCUGAAAAACUAGGCUCCCCAGUAGAAGCCAGACAGUUAGGAGUGCAAGACGGCAUGAAAACCAGUGGGAGUCCCAUUGGGAAUUCAAAGCCAGACUACUUCUGCAAAAUGUUAGGAUGAAUCAGCAAAUUCUAACAAAAAUAUUUUGCUGGAAUUUUUCUGACCAGUGUUAUAUGGGGUUUCAGUACCUCUAAAAACCAGUUUACAUAUUUUAAAUUGGGAACUUAAAAAAACAGAGGCUAAUGAAAAGUAGUGGGAACUUCUGAAAAGGGUUCUUAGCUUUGUAGAAAGAGUUUGCUGUUUUGGGGCUAUUUUUACACAACCAAGUCUAUACAUUUAAUAUGCAUCAGAAAUUCUGUAGUUUGUCUCACUUUAAGUGGUACUUUAAUCUACAUGUUUCCCUGACGAACUACAGUUAGAUGAAAAAGGAGAUCUAUACAAAGCUGUUAUCAGAAUGCCAGUCACAAUCUAUGACCUUCUGGGUAAUCCACUACCUCUCAUAUUGCUGUUUUCAAAGAGAGUAGUUUAGCAGGCACAGAAAUAGAUCCAGAAUGCAUGAACCUUUAUUGUAUCUAAUUCUCAUUUGUGUCAUUAUUACAGGCAAGUCAGCUAGUAUAUUGUCAAAAGAUACAAGUGUUAAUCCUACAGUUAAAAGAAAGGAAAAUAUUUUAGGACCAUUUAUGAUUUGUUUAUACAGCAAUUCACACUUGCCUGAUUCCUACUGAUUGCAUGCAUUAAAAUAAACCUGUAUAGAUCCUUUUCAAUAGAAAUCUUACCAGUGUGAAGAAGCUUGUAAUAAAUGCAGCGCCCACACAGAUAACAUAGGCUUGGGUGAUAGCUCCUGUCUGACCAAAUAAUCCAUUAUUAUUGUUAGCUUCUCAACUCAAGAGAAUUUUUAAAAACAAGCAAACUUUUGAUGGCUAAAUGAUAGCUCCAGGAACCAGAGCAAAACAUUUUAGAACUCAAACAGGAAAGAACAGCUCUGUCACAGGUAGAUCUCAAGGUCCGUUUGCAAAGUCGGCUUGUAAAGGGAAACCAGACAGUGGCCAACAUUUAGGCUAGGGACAGACGUUGCACAUAAACCAUCUUAAGUAAUCAGAAACUGGUUUAAACCUGUAACAGAACAGAAUCACCUCAGUGCACAUAAAGCAGUU